GUAAAAUCAGACAAUCUAUUUAAAGCAAGUAUGUCCACAAGAUGAAAAAAACAAGAAACAAGGGUUUCAUUCAGAAAACAAGUACAACUACAACACUAUGUAAUAAUAGUAGCUAGAAAAAUGAACGGUGGUGAAGGAGACAAAACAUUGCCAAUAGCAAAUGUGAGUAGAAUAAUGAAACAAAAUCUUCCUCCCAAUGCAAAGAUCUCAAAAGAAAGCAAACAACUGAUGCAAGAAUGUGCGACAGAGUUCAUAAGUUUUGUGACAGGUGAAGCAUCUGACAAGUGUCACAAAGAGAAUCGAAAGACUGUUAGUGGAGAUGACAUCUGUUGGGCUCUUUGUUCAUUAGGGUUUGAUAACUAUGCUGAAGCCAUUGGAAGGUAUUUGUAUAAAUUCAGACAAGCUGAACUUGUUAAAUUGAAUCAGAACAAACUUGAGACAUCAAAAGACAAAGUUUGAGGAUGGUAUCUGCUAAAAUGAUAUAUAUUCAUCUCAAUAGAUAUCAUCUUAAGAAAAGGAAUGAAACCCUAAUUAGAGAUCGGUACUUAAGAAAUUAAUCCACCAAAAGUAUCAAUUUCUAAUUAGGGUUUCUUUCCUUUUCUGAAGAUGGUUUCUGAUAAGAUGAACAUUUCUUGUUUUGUUGGAUGUUGUGAGGUAAUUAUAAUGAAUUUGCAAAUUAAGGGGUUAAAUUCCAUUUCUUCUAUCUUGAAUAUAAAUAUUGUAUCACUGCAUUUUUUUGGUUUUUUGUUUUUGUAUUGAAGUAAUUGUAUCAGUUUAUUGAGCUUCUUAUGGUAUAAACUAUAAAGAAUGAAGUAAUU